AUGGACCCGAACACGCAAAAGACGACAAUCCACCCUCCUCCUGCAGAGUCUCUCGAUGCCAAAUCUCGCAAAGUCUACGAGGAAAAGAGCUUCGUCUUUGACAAGUCCUUCUACUCUCACGACGAGUCAAUGCCCCACUUUGCCCACCAGCAAGAUGUCUACGCCUCGUUUGGCGAGGACUUUCUGGACCACAACUUCGACGGCUACCACACUUGUAUCUUCGCGUACGGCCAGACUGGUUCUGGAAAGUCAUACACCAUGAUGGGCACCAAGGACCAGCCCGGUCUCAUCNNCCCCCGGACAUGCGAAAAUCUGUUCCAGCGCAUCGACCAAGAGCAGAACGGAAACAUCACCUACAACGUCCACGUCUCCUACUUUGAAAUCUACAACGAGCACGUCCGCGAUCUUCUCACUCCCCGCACCAACCCGCCCACACAUCUGAAGAUCCGCGAGAGCAAGUCGGACGGAGUUUAUGUCCAGAACUUGACCGACAGCCCUGUCAAGACCUUUGGCGAUAUUCAGCGCCUCAUGCACAUGGGUGAUUUAAACCGAACAGUUGCUGCUACCAAGAUGAACGACACGUCAUCGCGCUCGCAUGCCGUCUUCACUCUCACACUCAAACAGAUCCAACACGACAUUGCCACUGAUAACACCAUUGAGCGCACUGCUCGAAUGCGUCUUGUCGAUCUGGCUGGUUCCGAACGAGCAAACAGAACUGAAGCAACCGGUCAGCGACUACGCGAAGGCGGAAACAUCAAUCAAUCCCUCACCACUCUUGGACGCGUUAUCGCCGCUCUCGCAGACCCCAAACGUCAACGACCCAGCCGCUCAAACCAGACCAAGCGUCGUUCGGACGUGGUACCCUAUCGUGAUUCGGUGCUAACGUGGCUGUUGAAAGACAGCCUGGGCGGCAACUCCAAGACAGCCAUGGUCGCCUGUAUCUCUCCCACCGACUACGAAGAAACCCUGUCCACGCUCCGCUACGCCGACCAAGCCAAACGCAUCCGCACUCGUGCAACUGUCAAUCAAGACGCCGUGUCUGCCGCCGAACGCGAUGCUCAGAUCAAAGAGAUGGCAGAGACCAUUCGCCUCCUCCAACUAUCCGUCAACGCAUCAACCACUCGCAAACGCGACGAAGUUGAUCGUGCAGGUCAAGAGCUAGAAGACUACCAACGCCAAGUUACAAAGAUGCAACGAGCAAUGGAAGAGUCCCGCGCUGUCGCCGACGUAAAGAUCCGCGCUUUGAACCAAGAAUUGGAAGAUCUUCGCCCCUUGAACAACAAGUUGAAGGUGGAAGUCGAAACUUUGCGCAGACAUCUUGCUCUUGCCAUUGGCGAAUUGAAGAAUCCUAUCGUUCUGCCACCUGCAGAGGAAGAUAAAGGCUGCGACAUUCAAGAGAUUGAGGUCUACAGUGAUGAGGACGAGGAAGAGGAAGAAGAGAGUGACGAUGAGGGAUACUCGUCGCAGCAUGCAGAGUGGCAAGCCGAUAUUGACGAGUUGAUGAAGGAUCUUGGCAUGUUCAAGAGAAAGGUCGCCGAUGACCGCAGUCGCUUCACCAUGCCUUUUGCUUGA